GAAGGGUGCAGCAGAGAGGGAGGGUAUGCGUGUAUGUGUGCGCUGGAUGGCUGGAUGAUGUCUGAACUGCCUCACAUGCUCACAGGCAGGAAUUAAGCAGAGGAGCGAGGGAGGAAGAGGAGAGGACGCACCUCGUGCAUCAAUCUAGGGGAGAGCUGAAGGAGCUUCCACCAUGCCUGCACAAGUCAAGGAGGAGCAGAGCUCCGAGGGGCCUCCUGCAUUGUCGCACUCACAGGAGGUGAAACAAGCAAAGGUGGAUCCACUGCCAUCAACCAACACCACCAACAACAACAACGACGAAGUAGACACGUCCAUCGCCUCUGCCAUGACCAACGACAGUUCCACUGAGGCUGACACGCCCCUACAAACUGACACAGAGGAGUUAAAGGUUGUGGAUCAGGAUGUGGACCCAACACCAGUUGAGUUGCAGCAAGAGAACCUUCAGCCGCCAGAUGCUUCAGCAGAAGAUCAAGCUACUGCAGAGGAACCAAUUCCUGAAACUGAAAGUUCUCACACACCCACAGCUACAACAGCUCAGCUGGUUCAUCAGCCUAGUGAUCCUCAGACAGUCAACCCGGACAAUCACAGCCGGGUUUACACCCUCCCUGAAAAUUACAGAGCCCUUGGCGGAGAUUUACGUGCUGGAUACGGCAGCCUGUCUCGUGGAAGUACAGCCCUGCACGGCUACUGGCCAAGCAAAAACUUCCAGCCUGGGGCACACUUCACGUUGCCCUUCCUGAGGGACAGCUACACUUCGGCAGGAUUCAGCAGCCCGGCAGGUGACGAAGGCCUUGGGGACCGGACGGAAAACGCAGUGGAUGUGAGAAACGAUCAUCCGGCAGCGACUUAUGCCACUUUGGGUGGGAUUCACAACUUCAGGCCCAUUACGACCAUGGAGCUCCUUAGGGAGCCUUCCAGAACCAGAAGUGGCUACGACGAUGCCUUCAUGGCACAGCUGGAGGGCAGCCUGAACCCUUUCUUCCAGGCCAUGUGCCGAGCACAGACCUUGCAGUUCCCUCACAAGCGCAGCAGCAUGGUGAGCCUGGACAGCAUUCGCAGAGACCCCCGCUGGAGGGACCCCAAUCUGCAAGAAGUCAUCUCAAUGCUGGGCCACCCAAUGGACCCGGUCAAGUCCAACGCCGCCGCCUACCUGCAACACCUGUGCUACGAGAAUGACCGGAUCAAACAGGAAGUGCGACAACUGAACGGCGUGCCCAUGCUGGUGGACCUGCUGGACCACCCAAAACCUGAAGUCCACCGCAAGGCCUGCGGAGCCUUACGGAACAUAUCCUAUGGGAAGGACCACAACAACAAAAUGGCUAUCAAGAACUGCGACGGCAUCCAGGCUUUGGUCCGACUGCUGAGGAAGACGAGUAGCAUGGAGGUCAAAGAGUUAGUCACAGGCACCAUGUGGAACCUCUCAUCACACGAGCCCUUGAAGAUGACGGUCAUCAACCACGGCCUUCAAACGCUCAACGAAGAAAUCAUCAUCCCACACUCAGGCUGGAGGAGAGAGCCGUGCGACCCUUCGAAGCUGCACAGCGCCCAGUGGACCACUGUCUUUAAGAACACAUCGGGAUGUCUGCGGAAUGUCAGCUCAGACGGAGCCGAGGCCCGACAGCGACUGAGGGAGUGCGAAGGGCUUGUGGAUGCCCUCCUGCAUGCCCUUCACUCGGCCGUGGUCAACAAGGACACGGACAAUAAGUCUGUGGAAAACUGCGUAUGCAUCCUGCGAAACCUUUCCUACCACGUGCACAAGGAGGUGGCGGGCGUUGAGCGCCUGCAGGAACCUCAUGUCACGCAGCUCAUGAGGUCAGUGGCGCCACACCGGAAGAAGAACGAGCCCGACUGCUUCGGAGGAAAAAGACCCAAAGAGGAGUUGUUCAGUCAUGGUUUGAAGAUGCUGUACCAGCCCGAGGUGGUGAGGCUCUACUUGUCUCUGCUCGGCUGCAGUCACAAUGCCAACACCUUGGAAGCGGCAGCCGGAGCCCUACAGAAUCUCGCUGCCGGACACUGGACCUGGUCGAGCUACAUUCGGGCCACGGUGCGAAAAGAGAAGGGUCUGCCUAUCCUGGUGGGGCUGCUGCGCUCUGAUGUGGACAAAGUGGUGCGGGCGGUGGCCAUCGCUCUCCGUAAUCUGGCCAUGGACAGACGGAAUAAAGACCUGAUAGGCAGCUACGCUCUGAGGGACCUGGUGGCCAAUCUGCCGUGUGGACAGCAGCGGCCGGCCAAAAACCUGGAAGGGGACACGGUAGUGUCGCUUCUUAAUACCAUUCACGAGAUUGUCAGCGACAGCCAGGAGAACGCAAGGACGCUGUUGCAUGGACAUGCCGUCCAGAAACUGGUGACCAUCAGCAGGUCUAGCCAAUCAGUACGCGAAACCAGGGCUGCCUCGCAUGUGCUUCAGACCAUCUGGGCCUUCAAGGACCUCAGGAAUGCUCUCAAUAAGGCGGGCUGGAACAAAAGCCACUUUAAGCCGACAGCAACCGGAGGGACCAAAAAAUCUAAGACGAUGAAACAAAGCGGCGACGACAUCACUUUGCCUCUGAUGGACAAAUCCCAAGAUAUGUUUUCCAGCAGUUUAGAGCCAAAUGACAGAGUGGAAGAAGGAAUUACACCUGUUGUUGAAAGAGACGCUGUCCAGGCGAUAAGCGAGAGGAAACACUUCAUCCGAGCUGGCAGGCCCGCCGUGGGCCUCAUGGAUAACAAACCUCCGCCGCUGGACUCGUGGGUGUGAACGCCACAACGCGGCCAUCUAACAGUUUUCUGACUCCCAGAAAACUCGGUAGAGAGAUUCUCUAGUGGCCUACAUGCACAUUUAUGCAAAUGGUCCAAUGUGUAGGAACAACAAUUCCAGUAACUCUAGUUUUUGUUUUGAUCCUAGGGAAUGACGUGCCAAAUAUUUACCUAUAGAUGCUUAUUUGUUCAUAGAUGUUCAUAGAUUUAACAGGAUUUCUCAUAUAUAUAUACAUAUAUCUGUAUGUGUAUGUAUAUAUAUAUAUACCACCAUAGACAUGCAGUGUGAAGAAUUCUUACAGUUACAGUAAUAUACAGUAUGCAGUAUAUGUACUACAAAGACAAUUUGGUUCCACUGCACACAGAAAUACUUCAAUCAUUGUUCAGUCUUUGAAAGAGUUGAAAGAUUCAGGAGAGAAAUUGUAGUGAAAGUGAACAUAUUUUGGAUCAACUAUAGGAGGUUUAGAUUAUAUCAUAUUUUAAAAAUAAUAACAAUACAUCACCCAGAUUUAUUAAUUACCAGUAUUCACAAUCUCUAUGUGCCAUUCGAGAAGCUGCCUCACGUUUUCCUUAGAUUCCUGAGAUGAGAUGUGUAAAUGUGUAAACAAAAGGACUGUUAAUAAGCUAAAUGGAUGCAUUUAUAUUGUGAUAUUUAUUAUAUCUAAUAGCCAUGUUAACAAUCUGAGGUCUUAGAUGCGGAAGAAUCGCACAACCGGUCAGUCAGUGGUCCUAUUCGUUCAAUACAAGUCUGGUUUGUCGCUCGCCCCCUUUUUGCAUUGCGAUGUUGAAUGAAAAUAAACUCUGUGCAGAAUUUUUAAUUUUUAUCCAUCUUAUCUUUUCCAACCAUAUGGAGAAAUGUGUCCAAAGAGACUUUUAGCGGGGUAAUCAUAAUUAAUCUCAGAUAACUUUUUUUCUAAAAAGUAGCAACUCAUUCCCAGCAAAAUGGCAUCUAUUGACCUUUUUGAAAAUCACUAUGCUAAGUCUUAUUUUCUGUUACAAAAAAACAAAACAGACUUAAUUAGUUUUUCCUUGUUUUUUGCAGCUCUAAUACUCAUAAUACAGUCAAACAUGCUCUGGUUAUUUAAGUCGUGUCUAAUAAUUUAUUGUGUCCCACUAAUGCCAUAACUACUGAAACUGAAAAAAAGUUAUUUAAUUAAAUUUCAAAAUAGGACAUGGUUAAUCGCUUUUGACAGUUACAGAUGAAGAUUAAAUUUUAUUAUGAUUAAAAAAGUUUUCUCCUUCUCCUCUGACUGUUUGCAAAACACAUAAUUGAGCUCAUGGAUUUUUUCCUGAAUUAAGAUGCUGAACAACAGCAGUCUUCCUGAAUCCCUCCAAAUAAUAAAAUAACACACCAGUGAUCUAUAUCACACAAUAAAAAGGAAGAUACUAGAUAUCAGUAUAUGUAAUGCAAAAGCCCGGUCCUGAACUUUUGUUGUUUGCCCAAGAAUGAAUUAUUAUUCUUACUCUUUGGAUCUCCUAAAGCAGAGUCUUACAAGAUUAAUUUAGAUUAAAUUUAACUUUAUUGUCAUUACACAUAUACAUACUGUGAUAUACAUACAUACAGUGGUAUGAAAAAGUAUCGAACCUU